UUGGGAGAGAGAGCAUUAGCAAGCGAGCAUGUUUGUCACAUCGGCGAACAGGGAAAAAUGGGUUUUGGAAUUAUAUAAUAACCAACCUACAGGGAUCUUAAAAUAACUUGAUUCAUACGAAAUUAUGAAUUAAUAAUACGCUGUGCACAUUAUCACAAGCUUCAUGUUCCAUGCAUACAAGCUUCAGCCUCCGCUUACGGGGUUAAAACUGGAGUAAGGCAUGCAUCUCCAGUCUUAGCCAACGAGACCCCUGCCUUUCGGCUCGACGUGCUGGAGCGAAGAAGCAACGACAAUGGCUCCCAUCCGUCUCGGCACUGCAUCCCCCAGCACCCAACCUACAAUAUCCCAAACACUCUCCCUCCUUUCCGACCUCGCUCGUCGUGCCGCCUCUCACUCCAUCGACCUUCUCUUACUUCCCGAGGCCUUCCUGGGUGGCUAUCCCCGCGGUAGCGCCUUUGGCUCGGUCGUCGGUAGCCGCUCCGCCGAAGGUCGCGAUGAGUUCGCUUCCUACUUUGAGGGCGCCGUUGACCUCGGCGACACGGUCGGCAACGGCGCUGGUGCCGGAGAUAAGUGGAUUUGCAGGGAGUUGGAUGUGAAUAAGGGGGAGGAUUUCCGUGGUGAUGGGAUAAGGGAGGAGCUGGAGAGGGUUGCAAAGGAGACGGGUGUCUUUAUUGUAACAGGUCUUGUCGAGCGGGCUGGGGGGAGCUUAUACUGCUCCGUCAUCUAUAUCUGUCCGAACCAAGGCAUUAUUGGAAAGCGCCGCAAGAUUAUGCCAACUGGCACCGAGCGCCUCAUCUGGGCCCAAGGUAGCCCAAGCACCCUCCGCGCCGUGAGCACCACCAUCCGCGGCGUCCGAAUUAACCUCGCUGCCGCUAUCUGUUGGGAGUCCUACAUGCCCCUUCUUCGCCAGUCCCUCUACGCGCAGAAUAUCAACCUUUAUCUCGCCCCCACAGCAGACGCCCGCGACGCCUGGCUCAGUCUUAUGCGUACUGCUAGCGUAGAGGGUCGGUGCUUCGUGCUGAGCAGCAAUAUGUGCGUGCGGGACACGGAGAAUCAGGAAGACGACAACAACCUGGUAGUAAAAGGAGGAAAGCGGUCAGUCGCGAGGAGGAUGAGAUGGAGAUUACCCUGCCGAGAGAGUCUAUCUUUGACCAGGACGGCAACGAAAUUGUGCUUAGUUGCCCGGAUAAUGAGAACAGAACAUCCACGCAAACCAAUAGCAACUCGGUGGUUACAAAGGACAAGCCUGCCAGCAAGGCCUCGUGGUCAUGCCGCGGAGGAUCAUGCAUCGUGGACCCCUUUGGCGACGUGCUUGCGGGUCCUCAGUGGGAGGACGACCAUGGCAUUAUCUUCGCCGAUGUUGAUUUCCGCGAUUGUAUCAAAGGACGACUGGAUCUCGACGCUGGUGGAAGUUAUUCGAGGAACGACUCAUUUAAGCUCGCUAUCGACGGAUUGGAUCUGGAGCCACUGCCGUACUGACGAGCUUGACAUAGAUAAAUAUUUCAUAAUUGUAUGCUGAUGAGCCCACUCGUCCACGUGCGAAGAAGGCGGUGGCCCCUUAGGAUGAAUCAAAGAGAGGUCUUAUUCGAAGGAGAGCAAUCCCAAAUCCCAAUGUCCUGGCGGGUCACCAAGAUGAUGAAACUUACCUCUGCCAGCAAGCUUGGGCUCUGACCACCUAAAUCCGUCUUGCCUGC